UCACCUCCGGUGUCAUGGCGCCCGCCAGGGAACUGUGGUGUCUACUGACUCGAGGCAGAUGGCCCCGAGGACUUGCCGUGGCUCCCCAGUGCCGGGCGCAUGCCAGCUUCGUGCCCGGCGUGACCCAGGUAGAUAACCAGUCCGAUUUCCUGGGGAAGAAGCCCCAUCGCCAGCACCCCGGCAUCCUGCAGUUGCCGUACGUGCGGUUGCCGCAGGCACUGGAGAACGCCGCGCAGUUGCUGCUGCUCCAGAGCGCAGUGCCCAAUGUGGAGAAACAGGUGCAAGCACUGACCAAUUAUCUGUGGAGCCGGCAUUUGCCUGUAGAGCCAGAAGAGUUGCGAAGACGGGCGAUGGAUAUCGAGAAGAGAAUCCUGGAAAACUCGGACUUACCUCAGACAGAGGAGAAACUUUUGGGAACGGUGCUACAUGCCCUGCGUAAAACUACCUACCAUUGGCAAGGACUGAGCUACAACGAGGGACUAAGCCUGGUCUAUAUGGCAGCUCGACUGGAUGGUGGCUUUGCAGCAGUCUCCAGGGCAUUCCACGAGAUCCGGACUCGAGUUCCAGAGUUCCAGCCACAAACCUUGAUGGACUUUGGCUCAGGUACUGGUUCUGUCACCUGGGCUGCUCACAGUAUGUGGGGCCAGAGCCUACGUGAAUAUAUGUGUGUGGACAGUUCGGCUGCCAUGUUGAAUUUGGCAGAAAAGCUACUGAAAGGUGGUUCAGACUCUGGAAAACCUUAUGUUCCAGCUGUCUUUUUCAGACAGUUCCUCCCUGUGUCUCCCAAGGUACAGUUUGAUGUGGUGGUAUCAGCAUUUUCCCUAAGUGAACUACCCAGCAAGGCCGACCGCACUGAGGUAGUUCAAACCUUGUGGCGCAAAACAGGUCAUUUUCUGGUACUGGUGGAGAAUGGGACAAAAGCUGGGCACUGCCUUCUCAUGGAUGCCAGAGACCUGGUCCUUAAGGGAGAAGAAAAGUCACCUUUGAACUCUCAACCUGGUUUUGUCUUUGCUCCCUGUCCACAUGAACUUCCCUGUCCCCAGCUGAGAGCCUCGAAGCGCCUGGCCUGCAGCUUCUCCCAGGGUUACCACCCCAUCCCCUUCAGUUGGAACAAGAAGCCAAAGGAGGAAAAGUUCUCUAUGGUGAUCCUUGCCCGAGGGUCUCCAGACCAGGCUAAUCGCUGGCCCCGGAUCACUCAGCCAGUCCUUAAACGGCCUCGUCAUGUGCAUUGUCACCUGUGCUGUCCAGAUGGGCACAUGCAGCAUGCCGUGCUCACAGCCCGCCGGCACGGCAGGGAUCUGUAUCGCUGUGCCCGAGUCAGCUCCUGGGGAGAUCUCUUACCUGUGGUCACUCCGUCUGAGUCUCCUUUGACCCCUGAUCAGGAUCCUGCUGAGAGGUGACAGGACACAUAACAAGUAUUUUCUUCUAUUGUGCCUGCCAAGGCUGCUGAAGCUAUCUGGUAUCCAGGAUGGGAGUGCUAGGACCUCCAUAUGUCUGUGUUUGUGAGGUUUUAAUAAUAAUAAAUUUUAUAAUAACGGAA